UUUCCCUUUCUUCCUCUUCUUUCUGGUCUCGAACCGUCCCAUCGUUUCAGCAUAGAUAUAUCGAUAUAUAUUUUUCUUGGUCCGUGUACAUAUUAUUAAACUGGACCGACGCGAUAUCACGAACCUAACUAAAUCAAGCUCGCUCCGAUAGAGCGUAGCCAUAAUGGGCUACAGUAACAACAUGCCAAAGAGACCGGAGACGUCUGCGACAUUCAAUACAUUUUCCGAAGGCCCAGCAAGUCCCACGAUAAGCAACAGUGGCUCGACGGUAGUUCCAGGAGACGGUCCUUACUUUGGCGAAUCCAGUAGAAGGGAUACGAAGGGAAGAACUCCGACGGGUAGUUCUGCCGAGUCUGGCGAGUCCGGCGUGAUGGAAAAUGAUCCUUUCGGUCACCUCCCCGCCCACGAGGCCGAAAUCCUGAGGAAGCAAGUCAUAACUCCCGAGGUGAAAAGCGGCAUUUCUACUCUUUACCGAUAUGCGUCGAGAAACGACUUGAUCAUCAUGGCCGUGAGUGCCAUCGGUGCUAUCGCUGGUGGUGCGGCUAUGCCUCUAAUGACAGUCAUCUUCGGCAAUCUUCAAAACACUUUCCAGGGUUUCUUCUUAGGCAAGGUAUCUCACGACGAGUUCAUAAGUGAGAUGAGCAGCCUCGUUUUGUACUUCGUCUACCUGGCUAUUGGCGAAUUCAUUGCCAUGUACGUCGCGACUGUUGGGUUCAUCUACACCGGAGAACAUAUCAGCGGCAAGAUUCGAGAACACUACUUGGAGAGUUGCAUGAAACAGAACAUCGGUUAUUUCGAUAAGCUCGGCGCUGGCGAGGUCACUACCCGAAUCACCGCCGACACGAACUUGAUCCAGGAAGGUAUCUCUGAGAAGGUUGGAUUGACAUUAACAGCUAUCGCAACAUUUGUCUCCGCUUUCGUUAUCGGAUUCGUCUUCUACUGGAAGUUGACACUCAUUCUAUUUUCUGUGGUCAUUGCCCUAAUUCUCGAUAUGGGUAUUGGUUCAUCGUUCAUCGUUAAAUACACCAAAGACACGAUCGGCGCAUAUGCGGCAGGAGGCAGUGUUGCCGAAGAAGUUAUUAGCUCCGUUCGAAAUGCCAUGGCUUUUGGUACCCAAGGUCGUCUAGCUCAGCAAUACGACGCUCAUCUCGCCCAUGCCGAAUACUUCGGUUUCAAGAAAGCGACCGCGACAGCCCUUAUGGUUGCCGGUAUGAUGUUAAUCGUAUACGCCAACUACGGUCUGAGUUUCUGGAUGGGUAGCAAGUACCUCGUUGACGGUGCCGUUCCGCUAUCGAGUGUCCUUAUCAUUAUGAUGUCCAUUAUGAUUGGUGCAUUCAAUUUGGGUAAUAUCGCUCCUAACCUUCAGGCAUUCGGAACUGCUCUUGCGGCUGCAGCCAAGAUCUUCAACACUAUUGACCGCAUGUCCCCAAUGGAUCCCACCGUGGACACUGGAAUCAAGCUGGGCAAGGUAUCUGGUGCUAUCCGUCUCGAGAACGUCAAGCACAUCUAUCCUUCGCGACCCGAAGUUACCAUCAUGAAGGGUGUGACUCUGAAUAUCCCAGCAAGCAAGACGACAGCGUUGGUCGGAACUUCUGGAUCCGGAAAGAGUACUAUCGUCGGUCUCGUCGAGCGAUUUUACGACCCAGUAGAGGGAAGAGUCUUGCUAGAUGGCCACGACGUUAGCACCCUGAACCUCAAAUGGCUGCGUCAGCACAUCUCUCUAGUCGGCCAGGAGCCAACCCUGUUCGCCACCACGAUCUACCAGAACAUCAAGAACGGUCUUAUCGGCACGAAAUUCGAGCACGUGAGCCCUAUUAGGCAAACGGAAUUGGUUAUCGAAGCCGCUAAGAAAGCCAACGCUCAUGACUUUAUCUCAGCUUUACCCGAAGGUUAUGAAACGAACGUUGGUGAACGUGGAUUCUUGUUGUCCGGUGGUCAAAAGCAGCGAAUUGCCAUCGCACGUGCUAUUGUCUCGGACCCUAAAAUUCUCUUGCUUGAUGAAGCUACUAGUGCCUUAGAUACCAAAUCUGAAGGUGUUGUCCAGGCGGCGUUGGAGGCCGCUUCGCAAGGUCGCACGACUAUUACCAUUGCUCAUCGUCUCUCUACCAUCAAGGAUGCUCACAAUAUCGUCGUCAUGUCUCAAGGUACCAUUAUCGAACAGGGAACUCACACUGCUCUCCUAGAGAAAAAUGGAGCAUACGCCAGAUUGGUCAGCGCGCAGAACAUUGCUACUGCCAAUGGGCCAAGCCCUGAGGAACAGCUUAAGAUCGCCAGCCGUGAUGAGUUGCUUGUUCGUAGGGCCUCUAAGCGCCUGUCUACGCGAUUUUCUAAGCGAUUGUCGAGGCCGUAUGAACUUAGCUUCCUUGAUGACCCCGAGCCGCCUAUGCCUGAUAUUAAACUUACUCGCCCAGUAACUCGGGGGUCUGUGUCUAGCAAGGCUAUUCAUCACAUGGAGCCCGAAGAAGAGAACCAUGAGUAUGGACUUUGGCCUUUGAUUAAACUAAUUGCGUCGUUCAACAAAGAGGAAUGGAAGCUGAUGAUCUGGGGUCUGUUCUGGUCCAUCAUCUGUGGAGCUGGUAACCCAACUCAAGCGUUCUUCUUCGCUAAGCAAAUCCUUACCUUGAGUGUACCUCUUACUCCGGCCAAUAGUGCAGCAGUCAAAAAGGAAAGCGACUUCUGGAGUGGUAUGUUUCUCAUGCUGGCAUUUGUCAUGUGCAUAGCAUAUAUCUCUCAGGGUGUCGCCUUCGCCAGGUGUUCCGAGCGACUCAUCCACCGCGUUAGAGACAGGGCUUUCCGAACUAUGUUACGCCAGGACGUCGCUUUCUUCGAUAGAGACGAGAACACUGUCGGUGCUCUUACAUCCUUCUUGUCGACUGAGACCUCUCACGUAGCUGGUCUUAGUGGUGUUACUCUCGGAACUCUGCUUAUGGUUACCACUACACUUAUAACUGCAAUGGUUGUUGCUCUGGCAUUCGGCUGGAAACUGGCUCUUGUGUGCAUUUCUACGAUUCCAGUUCUACUCGCUUGUGGUUUCUUCCGGUUCUGGAUGCUUGCGCAUUUCCAACGUCGCUCCAAGCAGGCCUACGAACAGAGUGCCUCGUAUGCGUCUGAAGCUAUCUCAGCCAUUCGCACGGUUGCAUCUCUAACUAGAGAAGGAGAUGUCUUAAACCAGUACAAGCUCUCUCUUGCCGCCCAACGAAAGACUAGCUUGGUUUCCAUCUUAAAGUCGUCACUCCUCUACGCCGCGGCCCAGUCUUUCAUCUUCCUGGCAUUUGCGCUUGGUUUCUGGUACGGUGGCACUUUAAUUGCCAGCCACGAAUACAACUUGUUCCAGUUCUUCGUCUGUUUCAUGUCCGUUAUCUUCGGCGCUCAGUCAGCCGGUACCGUCUUCUCUUUCGCCCCCGACAUGGGUAAGGCGCACUCCGCUGCCGGCGAACUGAAGACUCUCUUCGACCGUCAGCCCACCGUCGAUACUUGGUCGCAAGAAGGUGCCCCCAUCCACAAAGUUGACGGUACUGUGGAAUUCCGAGAUGUCCAUUUCCGAUACCCCACUCGUCUUGAGCAACCUGUCCUUCGUGGUCUUAACUUAACCAUCCGUCCUGGCCAAUACGUUGCAUUGGUCGGCGCUUCGGGUUGUGGUAAGAGUACCACAAUCGCCCUGCUCGAACGAUUCUACGAUCCUCUUGUCGGAGGUGUCUACGUCGACGGCAAGGAUAUUAGUGGCCUCAAUGUUAACCAGUACCGAUCACACAUCGCUCUCGUAUCCCAGGAACCUACACUCUACCAAGGAACUAUCAAGGAGAAUAUCCUACUCGGUUCUGGUCGUGAAUCUGUUCCGGAUUCGGCAAUUGAAUUCGCUUGCAGAGAGGCUAACAUCUACGAUUUCAUUCUAUCUCUGCCAGAUGGCUUCAAUACCAAGGUCGGUAAUAAGGGUACCUUACUUUCUGGUGGUCAGAAGCAACGUAUCGCUAUUGCCCGUGCCCUGAUUCGCGACCCUAAGAUCUUGCUCCUGGAUGAGGCUACUUCUGCGCUCGACUCCGAAUCCGAACACGUUGUGCAAGCCGCCCUGGACAAGGCCGCAAAGGGCCGAACUACAAUCGCCGUCGCACAUCGUCUAAGCACGAUCCAAAACGCCGACGUCAUCUACGUGUUCGACCAAGGCAGAGUUGUAGAGGAGGGCACACACUACAACUUAAUGAGAAAGGGCGGGAGGUACGCCGAGUUGGUCAACCUGCAGAGCCUGGAGAAGCGGUAGUUUCCGCUUGCGAUAUUUGUAUUAGUUACGCAUCUUUCUACGCAAAUUGCUUUUUUCUUUUCUUUCUUUACAGCUAUUAUCAGAGAUUCCCCCACAUUUACUUGGUACAUAUUUGCAUAUCUAGAUGGGAAAGCUAGAACUUCGCCAUCGGCGGACAGGAUUUAACAGCGAAGAGUGGCAAAUGCGGAAGGCGAUGGGCAUGGCAAAAGGCGUUAUACCGGGUGUUGUCUGUCUGUCUA